AUGGAAGAAGAACAUCGAUCGAUAAAUAAUAACAAUGACAUCACGUCCGAUGCUCGUCGAUUAACAAUUCGACGAAACCUUUUGAGACAAACAACAACAUCACGGUCGUCACCCUAUGAUUCAACUCUAUCGAAUCUCGAACGACAACGACGGCGACAAAUUUUGCCAUCGAUCAAUAAUUUGAUCACAAAUUUAGAAAAUCCAAUCGAACAGGAAAAUAUCGAAUUAAGUCCUGAAAAUGACGAAUACGAAGUCAUUCUUGAGUUAACAGAUGCACUACCGAUCGAAGAAACUCCUACAGAAAAUGAUAUUUCCCAUCACGAGCAAGACGAAUCGUAUCAAUCUCUAUCAACAUUAGAUUCCGAGCUAAUUGACGAUGACGAUGAUGUUGUUGACAAUCGUUCUCGCUUUUAUUACACAUCAACUAACAUACCCAUUUAUGAUUAUUCAUCAUCAACUGAUCCAUUACUGAAUCAAAAUCAUCCACUUGAUUUUUCUACGCACGAAUAUCAUCAAAUCUAUUCACCAACGAUAGAUAACGAUGAAGAUUUAAGUAUCGAGAUUAUUUUAGAAACUUCACAGAAUCAUUCGUUAUCGCCGAUACCUCGACGACGCCGUUCGAUUAUUCCAUCGAACGUUCGAGCAAAUCGAGGUUUACGUUCAUUGGACAUUCUCAGCAUUCCACAGAAACUGUACAGUUCACUCAAAGAUCAAUUCGAUCAGGAGAAUAGCUACUCAUCUUUCAUAAUCAACACACAAUGUUACAUUUGUCUGGAAGAUUUUCAGUCAAUUGACUCAAUUAAAAUUCUCAAUUGUCAACACGUUUUUCAUAACGGUUGUAUCAACGAAUGGUUACGACAUCAUUCUAAUUGUGCUUAUUGUCGUACACCAGUUCUUAUUGAUGUGUUACGAUCAAGAACGGAACGUCGUCAACGAGCACGUGCUCGUCGUCCGACAACCCGUUCAUCUCCAAGUAAUUCAAUUCAACGAACUUCAUCGGAAUCUCCGAUCUUAGAACAAGAAUAA